CAAGGAUGAGGCGAGACUGAAGGACUUGAUCUGCGCUGACGUUCGGCACGUGGACGCCGUGAUAGAACUGGCCAACGACGACUGGAUGAAGGACCCCUCUGCCCAGCUGCCCCCCGGGGUGCUCGUAGCAAGGGAUGCACAUUUUGGGAUCAGUUCUCAACAGCUGGAAGAAACCCCCAGGCCCCAGAUGACGAUGCCUUUGGGAAUCCCUGGUCUUCCUACUAUGGGGCCUUCGCCCGGGACACUUGUGCAGAGCCUGGCCAUUUUUAGUGUCUGUCUGGAUCUCCCUGACACAGCCUGGGGGCCAACACAGCCCUCAGAACACACAUCCGCUCACCACUGGCCACAGCAGCUAAGGGAGAGGAUGAAAUGAAAGCAGCCAUCCUACACAGCAGGAAAAAGAAGCCUGCCUAUUUCAGGCCGUCUGCCCGCAUGGUGUGGCGAGCUGGUUGGGAGACACACAGAUGGGCCUGGCUCUAGAGUUUACAUGUAUACAAUCGCAAGGGGGUGGCCGAGCUCUUUGGCGUCUCAGUGGUCACAUGAUGCUGGUCAUACCGAGUGACGGUUAUCACAUCAGAGCCCACAGGAGUUAUAAAUACACCACCACCCAGCCCCAGCUGGAUGACAAUUGAGUAAUGACAAUAGAAAUAGCCCACACUCCAGAAGACCAUCUUUCCCCUUCCUGGAGAGCCUUUCUGAGAUCAUCAGCAUUGCGAUGGACAGACGGCCAGAGCCAGUUAGAGGGAGACUUCAGAUCUUUCAGAAAAUGGAAAAAGAGCCUCAAGCAAGAGAUGGGUCACCAGUCCUCGAGUACCACGCUGCCUUGGUCACAGGAGACCUGGAGCAUCUGAAGCCCCUGAUGGACAAGUUCUUCCAGGAUGCCAAUGUGGUGUUUGAAAUCAAGAAGGAUGAGAUGGUGUGGCAGGUGAAAUCCCCAGCCACGUUUGGACUGUCAGGCCUCUGGACCCUGGAGUACAAGCGCGAGCUCACCACGCCCCUGUGCAUCGCCGCGGCCCAGGGCCACACGGCCUGCGUGCGCCACCUGCUCGGCCGCGGCGCCGACCCCGACGCCAGCCCGGGCGGCCGCGGCGCCCUGCACGAGGCCUGCCUGGGGAGCCACACGGCCUGCGCCCGGCUGCUACUGCAGCACCGCGCCGACCCCGACCUGCUCAGCGCCGAGGGCCUGGCACCCCUGCACCUCUGCCGCACGGCCGCCUCGCUCGGGUGCGCGCAGGCGCUGCUGGAGCACGGCGCCUCGGUGCAACUCGAGGGCGGCACCAGCCGGGACACGCCCCUGCACGUGGCGGCGCAGCGCGGCCUGGACGAGCACGCGCGCCUCUACCUGAACCGCGGGGCGCGCGUGGACGCGAGGAACGGCCGCGGCGAGACGGCCCUGAGCGCGGCGUGUGGUGCAGCCCGGCGGCCCGAUGAGCACGCGCGCUGCCUUCGCCUGUGCACGCUGCUGCUGAGGCACGGCGCGGCGGCGGACUCACGCGACGAGGACGAGCGCAGCCCGCUGCACAAGGCCUGCGGCCACGCGCGCCCCGGCUUGGCGCGCCUGCUGCUGCUGCACGGCGCCGACGCGCGCGCGCUCGACUAUGGGGGUGCGUCGCCGCUGGCCCGCGUGCUGCAGACGGCGGCCUGCGCGCCUGAGGGCGAGCCGCAGCUCACGGUGCAGGAGCUGCUCAACCACGGCUCCCCCACCGUGUGGCCCGACGCCUUCCCCAAGGUGCUGAAGAGCUGCGCAGCGGUCCCCACGGUCAUUGAGGUUCUUUUCAACUCCUACUCUCAGCUCUGCGUCUCCGAGUCCUGGAAGGAGGUGAUCCCCGAAGAAGUGUUUCAGAUGCACCAGGCUUUCUACCGGUCCCUCUUCGGCUUGGCCCACACGCCCCGCUGUCUGCAGCAUCUCUGCCGCUGUGCCAUCCGGAAAUCGUUUGGCAGAAAGUGCUUUUCCCUCGUACCUCUGUUGCCCUUGCCGGAGUCCCUGCAAAACUACUUGCUUCUGGAGCCAGAGGGGGUUCUGCACUGAAACCCAGCAGCGUGGCCCAGGGCGCUGUGCUCUUCUGACGGGCCUUGGAUGGGACCUGCUACCCACCCAGUGCACAGACCUCACCCCGCUUCAGGUUCCACCUGGGCAUGGAGUUGUAAUAAAAGCCCUUUCUGCCUCUCUCA